AUGAGUCAUGCUCUGCGAAAAGUAGCUCAGUCCUUGUUUUCAAACGAAAUCGAGCGAGCUGAAAUGCCGGACAAGUUUGCCCGCCUAUCGUUCAACUGCUAUGACGGGAAGACUGAUCCGGUAGAACACGUCAGCCAUUAUAUUCAGAUAAUGUCUUUGCAUACUCAUAACGAUGCAUUCAUGUGCAAGGUAUUUCCUUCGAGUUUGGGACCGACUACAUUGAGGUGGUUUAAUGGGUUACGAAAAGGAUCCAUACGUAAUUUCUCCGAGCUGAUUCAAGAGUUCGAAGUCCGGUUUGUGACAUGCAACCGAGUACCUCAGCCAGUAGACAUGCUUCUCUCAAUGAAAAUGAGGGCGGGAGAGACCCUCCAUAGUUACGCCAGCCGGUAUUGGAAGCUAUACAACGAGAUAGGCGGGGAUAACGAAAGGGUCGCGGCAAGCACAUUUAGAAUGGGGUUGCCCGAGGAUUCCGGGCUACGAGAGUCGUUAACCAAGAAGCCGCCCGAAGGCAUGCGGCAGCUCAUGAGACUCAUCGAGGAAUACAAACGAUUAGAGGAUGACCGGCUGCAGAGCAAAGGCAAAGCGCCGAUGAUGAAUCGUCCCCGACAAACAGGUUUCCCGUUCAAGCCUCGUAGGGGUCUGGUGAUUCAAGAGCCAGCCGCACAGAUGGGAGAAGUGAGCGUGACAUUUAAGGAACCGGUACACAAGAUUCUUGACCGGAUCAAACACGAGUCGUAUUUUCGAUGGCCGAACAAGAUGGGAAGGGACCCAUCCAGAAGGAAUCAGAAUCUGUACUGCACUUAUCACCGAGACAAGGGUCACACCACCGAACAGUGCCGGGUAUUAAAGGAUCACCUCGGGCAGCUAGUCAAGGUCGGGCACUUAAAGGAUUUCGUGCUAGACUCGGGGGACAGAGUCGUAGGGCAAGAUACCCGGCAAAGGGGAAACCCUCUCCUACCCCCUGUGGGGGUAAUUGAAGUAAUCCAUGUUGCGCUGGAGAAGCUCAUUGUAGGAAAGAGGAAAGGAGUGUUGAUAGUGGUACCGGUAAAAGGUAACCUGGGUCUACAGUCGCUGGGUAAGAAGAUGAAGUUUGCACGGGAGCCCGUUUCGUUUGACGAUGACAAUUUAGAGGGGACGAUUUAG